CUGAGGGAUGUGGUCAGUGAGCAUGGGCUGAUGGUUGGUCUAGAUCAUUUUAGAGGUCUUUUCCAACCUUGAUUCUAUGAUUCUAUGUAUUUUUUACAACAAACAAACAAACAAAAACUUGGGGUAAAGGUCAUUUCCUACUAGUUCCCUGAAACAAAUCUGUGUUUGAGUGUAUCUGAAUGCUUCCACACCAGCCCAGAAAGCUCCUUUGCAGGCUGGUUACAAAGGUGGCUUUGUGACCCUCCAGGGGUUUCAUGAUCAAAUCCUGUCCUUCUCCAACAGUUACGGUGGAUCCCAGCAGCAGCUGAGAUGGCCACUGCACCAAAAGAGGCAGCAAACACUAUUGCCUUAGAGGAAAUCCACACGGAGGGACCGGAACCCCCAAAAGGGCAGAAGACAUUUACAGUGGAAGAAGCUGUGGAAACCAUUGGGUUUGGGAGGUUUCACAUUGCACUUUUUCUCAUCAUGGGAAGCACUGUGGUGGCCGAAGCCAUGGAGAUCAUGCUGAUAGCUGUUGUGUCCCCUCUCAUCCGAUGUGAGUGGCAACUUCAAGACUGGCAGGUGGCUCUUGUGACAACAAUGGUGUUUUUUGGCUACAUGGUCUUCAGCAUAGUGCUUGGGCUCCUGGCUGACAGGUAUGGCCGCUGGAAGAUUCUGCUGCUCUCCUUCCUCUGGGGAGCCUACUUCUCUCUGCUGACCUCAUUCGCCCCCUCCUACAUCUGGUUCGUCUUCCUGAGGACCAUGGUGGGAGGUGGUGUGUCAGGCCACGCGCAAGGGCUUAUCAUAAAAACAGAAUUUCUGCCCACCAAGUACCGAGGAUACAUGCUGCCCUUAUCUCAGGUGUUCUGGUUGGCAGGAUCCUUGUUAAUAAUUGGUCUGGCAUCGGUGGUGAACCCAACCAUUGGCUGGCGGUGGCUGAUCAGAAUCGCCUCCAUUCCUGGCAUCAUUCUCAUCAUGGUAUUCAAGUUCAUACCUGAGUCAGCACGUUACAAUGUGUCCACGGGGAAUAAUGUGGCUGCCCUGGCUACGCUGCAGAGGAUAGCCAAGAUGAACCGGGCAACGAUGCCAGAGGGAGCGUUGCAGGAACCUCCCAAGGAAAGAAGGGGAAGAUUCAAAGACCUCCUCCACCCCAAGUACCUAAGAACCACUCUGCAGAUAUGGAUCAUAUGGCUUGGCAUAGCUUUUGCUUACUACGGAGUCAUCUUGGCCAGCGCUGAGCUGCUGGAGCGGGACCUGGGCUGCACCUCGAGGACACCACCCAGUGAGAACGCCGGCCCUGUCUCAGAGGAGAGCCGCAGCCCCUGCUACUGCCACCCCUUUGGCCCUUCUGCCUAUCGGACCAUGAUCAUCAGCACCGCGGGGGAGAUCGCACUAAAUCCCCUGAACAUUCUCGGCAUCAACUUCCUCGGCAGACGCCUGAGCCUGUGCAUCACCAUGGGAUGUACGGCACUGUUCUUCCUUCUCCUCAACGUCUGCACAUCCAGUGCAGGCAUGACUGGCUUUCUCUUCAUGCUGCGUGCCUUGGUUUCAGCAAACUUCAACACCAUCUACAUUUACACUGCAGAGGUUUAUCCCACCACAAUGCGAGCCCUGGGGAUGGGAACCAGUGGGUCACUGUGCCGUGUUGGAGCUAUGGUGGCACCAUUCAUAUCACAAGUUCUUAUGAGUGCAUCUUUCCUUGGGGCCCUGUGUCUUUUCUCAUCUGUGUGUGUUGUGUGUGCAAUCUCUGCCUUCACGCUACCCAUCGAGACCAAGGGCAGGGCACUGCAGGUUUGUAUGGGCUCUCCAGGAGCUUCUCCAUGCCUACAGGCUACCUAGAAACAGUGAAUCUUGAUUCAGCCAGAAAGAACACCAAAAUCUUCUGAAGGUUCAUCAACCAAAACAAGGACUGAGAGAUAAACAGAGGAAGGUGCUGUUGUAACAACUGAAAGCACUGUUACCCCAGUUGCCUAAACUCAUUUCUCAUGUAAGAACAAACAGGAAUGCCUGUUGUAGCCACAGCUCCCUCGCUUUGGCGUGUUAGCUUAAAUUAGUGCAAGCCCUACUUUGCUAUCUCUGAUCCCCAUCUGUAGUUGCUGCACGUAUUCUCCUCUGCCUCUGCUGCAGGCAGAAAAGAUAGCAGCUAACAAUUAACACCUUCAAGUACUAAAGCCACUUUUACACCGAAUUCAAGUCAAAAGCCCCUGCUCCAUUAGCCCAUUAACCUAAACCCUUGCGGCUAAUGUUUCUUAUGAAGCUCUAGAGGGAAUCAGACAACACUAGGCCGAAAGAUCAAGAGGGAAAGUCAGUUAAAGGCAAUUUAGCUGUAAGAGCACGGGAAUUUUCAUGUCAUGGAAGAGGCACGUUGUUUUCCUGCACGUUCUUCUGCAAUCUUACCCGUACAAGCCAGAAAAUCAUAGGAUUUGUAAUCCACACUCUUUAGCAGCCUAGGGCCAGACAGAUGUUUGAUGAACCUGCUUGAUAUGAGAUUCAGGACCAGACUAAAAAUAUACAUAUACAAACACAUACAUACAUGCAUUAUAUGUGUAUACACACACACAAGAUCAUUGGGCCACAUCUUAGGUUUCCACAAGGUACGUGGGACAGUUAACCUUAGGGUUUUUGAGAAAGCAUCAUAUUAAUAAUCAACUGCUUCUUCAAAUGACUAUCUUCUUAAAAAUAAGGGCUAGCAUUUAUGAUGUUUUAAAACGUCUAUAUGAAAAUCUGUAGAAGAUUGGGAAAAAUACACAAAUUAAGAAAGGAAGUGGAAAAAGUAACUUCUUCCUUUGUGCAGAACUAUUUGUGUACCAUGAAAAGUUGGCAUCAGAUCUAAUAUUCAACUUGCAAAUGCUCCUCUAGUCUCCCUUUUAGAGAUCACUGUGUGUGCAAAGCCAUACAGGCACUGCUGAAUUGUGGCUAUUGGACAUAUUGUCCAGGGGUGUCACACAGCAGCCAUCCAGUUCAUGUAAUAAUUUAAAUGCUUGAUAUGAAAGCUCUUGAACAUGGCAACAUUCAGUCCUAUGGCUCCAGACAAUCACUUCAUAUCUCAAUAUCAGGUUUAAGCAAAACAACCAAAUGAAACAUCUUGUGGAAUCUAAAAUGACAUUUAAAAGGCAUACAGACCAUGGUCUGGCUGGCAUUGUCCUCAAUGAGUGAGGAGCUGUGUUGCUGAAGGUUCUGUAUUGUGACAGAUACUAUUCACUGGUGACACCGAGUGUACCCUUAGCAAGUUUGUGGAUAGUACCAAGCUGAUAGUGUGGCUGAUACUCUUGAGGGAAAAGAUGUCAUCCAGAGGGACUUGGACAGGCUUGAGAGGCAAAUGAGAACCUCAUGCAGUUCAAUACGGCCAAAUGCCCCAAUACGGGUUGGGGCAAUCCCAAACAUCAGUAUAGACUUGGGGGAUGAAUGGAUUGACAGCAGCCCUGUGGCGAAGGACUUCAGGGUGCUGGUGAGUGAAAAGCUCAACACGAGCCGCCAGUGUGUGCUUGCACGCCAGGAAACCAACCAUACCCUGGGCUGCACCAAAAGAGAGAUGGCCAACAGGGUGAGGGCCUAAAAGAAGAAUGGAGAAAGAUUCAAAAGCUGUGGAUACCCCCUCUUUGAAAGUAUUCAGUCAGGUUGAUCUGGGCAACAUGAUCUACCACAAGGCAUCCCUGCCCUUGCAACCAGCUGACCUUUAAAUAGCGUUCCAAGCAAAACCAUUCCCUGAGUCUAAUCUAUAUCUGCUCCGUUUCAGUUUAUAAGGACAGCAUCAGUUUAUUCUUAAAGUAGCUACAGGGAUUGCCAAUGAGAGGCAACAUUUUUUGGACAUAUAUUGAAAUGGAUAUUAUUUUCCCUCUGUGUUCAUUUCUGUUGUUUUUCAUGUGCAUUCAUAUGGUUUUUGUGUGUGUGUUUUUUCUUCUCUCUUAGCAAGUAAAAUGAAAGCGUUUGAUGUUGGACUGGGUACAAAAGAAAAAGAAUCCUUUGGAAUCCAUCAUUUCCUGUGAGCCACAUUUGAUGUUGAUUGCUUCUCCACACCAUUUCCAUUAUAUAAAAAUGCAACUGAUGAGUGUAAGAGCUAUGGUUUGCACAGACAAAGGGUGGCUUUCUCAAGUACAUCCCCCUUCUUAUGAUUCAAUAAAAAUGUUUUCUACCCA